UUUUUUGGUUGUUUUUUUUAGUACCAGUUCUGCAUCUUUUAAGUUGCUACGACUUUAACCGUCCUUAUCUGCAGCGCCUGAGAGGAAUCUGUGCCAUUAUGGAGACAAAGUUGCUAAGAAGAGACGUUGAGAUCCUCCUGGAGGAAUACAUCGGACAGAAGCUGAGAGAGAAUUCCUUUGACCCCACUGGGAAAGGAUCCUCCACAAUGCUGGACGACCUGGCCCACUAUGACCUCGCCAUCAGCGUUGCUGCUUUUCGGACGGCGAAGGACCGGGGGAGUAAAUCACAUGAUGGAGACCUCACCGGGUGGGGCCGCAUGCCAGCAAGCACCGCCAUGUAUCGCAAUCGCUUGCAGCGGGAGGCCAUGAUCUUAUCAUCCUUUGCGGGCAUCGUCAUGAGCAGCCUGCCAGUGGAGGAGAUCUUGGCUUUGUACAAGUGCAAACCAGCUGCCUCGUACCCUGACGUGCACUCCAAGGCCUCAAUCGUGUGUCCCUUCACGCUCUCCUGCCACCCACUGGCCAUGCUGAGUUCCUACAAGGCCGUGCAACACUCCAGGAAACACAAUGAAACGUUGAAACGACGGCUGUUUGAGAGGACAAAGUCCGGCGCCCCCUGCAGACCACGUCAAGCGCCGUCGUCCUCGUCCUUCCUCUCCUCUUCCUCCCUCACCUUCCUCAGCGCCAGCAGUGACGGUCAUGAGGACAGCUGAGGGGGGGCCCACCACUGAUAGCUGAGGGGGGGGGCUCACCACUGACAGCUGAGGGGGGGCCCACCGCUGACACCAGCUUGUCAUCAGUAGACUGAUCAGGAUACAUUACUCUAGCUCCAUUUAAAACGUCGCCAUAGAAAGGAUUCCAUUCAAGCAAACAAAAGGGACGCGGCAGUUCUUUCUAGAAGCUGCACAAUGUUGCCCAGAGGACGAAGAAGACUC